AAUUCGUGGAAAGUGGAAACACACCAUCGUAAAAAUGGGUACGACCCUCCAAAGUUGCACAGCAACAAAACUCUCCAACCACGCACGCAAAUCGCAUUUGAAGGCAGGCAUGGGCAUUGACGGCGUUUCUGCUCGCGGCCGUGGUCCCACGGAUCGGUGGGAGGCUCGCGGCCGUGCCCGUAGUACUAGUACCUCGUGCGGUCGUGCCGUGCCAUCCUGCUGCUGGAUUUGGCACUGCACUGCACUGCGUCUCCUCCCCACCAGCGUCGUCUUGUAAACCUCGGCGCCUCCUCCCCCUCUUUCUCCAUAAAUCCACCGGCCGAACCUCCAUCUCAUCUCCCAGAUUGCCAAACUCCUCGCCUCCCAAUUGCCAAAUUCCAAUCACGGUGUCCUCUCUCUCGCUCUCGCUCUCUCCCCCCGAUUGGGUGGCUGGCAGGCAUGGAGGUCCCCCCGCCUGGUCCCGCGAGGAAGCGGAAGGACAGGGACGCCGCGGGCCCACCCGAGGCGGCGGCCGCACCAAGCGGCGACGGCGGCAACUUGCUCCUGGCCGGGCUCCUCGCGCACGAGUUCCUCUCGUCCGGCACCGUCCUCGGCGAGCGCCGCGGGCCCGGGACCGGGCGGGGUCCGGAGGCGGCCGCGGCGACGGGCGGGGGGCCCGCGCGGUACGAGGCCGUGGCCGCGCUGGUGCUGCGCGGCGGGGCCCGGGUGCCCGGGGUGGUGAACCCCGCGCAGCUCGCCGCGUGGGCCGGGAGCGGGAGGUGAGCCCCGAGGCGGCGCGCCGGCUGCGGGCCACGUGGCGCGUGCCGAUGGGGGAGGAAGCAGGAGCGCGUCUUCCUCCACCUUCUCUUUUGUCCCCAGUUCCCCUGCAGGCAAACUUGUUGAGAGCAAUGCUGAUGGAGUUGUAGUGCUGAUUUUACUGCCGUACUUAGGCUUAGCGAGUUUGUUAAGUGUGGGAUUUCGGACUUGUUAGUUUGGAGUUUGAGCUUGUAAUCUGCUUCGUGGUAUGGUAGUAUGAUCGAUCUCCUCUGCCGCGGGAAUUCUGA